GAGCUCUCUGUCGGAAACAUCCAACGUUUCAAUUUGUGCAUUGUAGGAGGUGCCACACAGUUGCUACUACAUAAGUAUUCUUGUCCACCCUCGGCUCUUAUGGCAAGACAUAUCAAUGACCUUUUCGAUCCAGAUACAUUUGAGACGAUAGCCGAGAGUCCUGCGGCAUACGUUACGCGUGCAUUCUAUCGCAAUGAUCAUUCAAAGGCACGAAUAGUGGCUAUCAAGAGCGCAUCCACAUUGCCUGAGUACUCAAAGGAACCUCAUGAUAUCGUCAAAGAAUUAAAAAUCCUAUCCUUGACCUCCAGUUUUAAUAUUGUUGAAGUGUUGGGUCAUACGUACGACCCAGCUAUUCAUUCCCUGCACUACUGGAUGCCUUGGAUUCCAUAUUCAUUGGCUGAAGUACUGGAUUCUCCUUUGUUCUCUCCCUAUCCUCUUCCGACUCGUCCGGAAGACGAAUCCGCACAAAAUUCGAAGGUCGCAGAGUUCAUAUUACUGGCAAAAUCCCUGAUUUUUCAGUUGAUCUCAGCAGUGGCUUACCUUCACGACCCAUCGCUUGGAAUCGCUCACAGAGACAUCAAGCCUCGAAAUGCUCUCUUGACUCCUGAAGGAUGUCUCAAAUUGAUCGAUUUUGGGGUGGCCUGGCAUGAAGCAACAUGUUCUUCUGCUGAUGUUUUGUGGCCCGAAAUUCCUGAUAGGUUGUACUUUGACGUAUGCACUGGGUCACACCGAGCGCCUGAGUUAUUGUUCGGUGCUACAACGUAUGAUCCUCUUGCAGUUGACCUCUGGAGUGUCGGUACGACGUUCGCGGAGUUCUUCACUUCUCUCCGACUUGUUCGCAAUUCCGAUGAAGAUGAUGACGAUUUUAACGACCAUGAAGAUAUAGACGGUGGACCCAGGAAGCCUUUCAUUAUUCCUUCUUCCAUAGCGCAGGACAGGACGCCUCCUGGUUCUUACUGGUCGCGAGAGCCGUUGUUUGAUUCAAGCAGAGGAUCGAUUGGACUUGCGUGGAGUAUUUUCCAAAUCCGAGGCACACCCACGGAGCAGACGUGGCCAUCAUUCAAAACAUUGCCAGACGCGCAGAAAAUAGAUUUUCAAUCAGUCCCAGGUGUGGAUCUUGCUACGCGUCUGCCAAAUCUUCCACCGGGAAGUCAUGCUGAAUCCAGCCUGUCGCAUUUCCCUACACGAACACCAGCUCCUUCACCAUUGGAUCUCCUUCAAGGUUUCCUCGUAUACCCUCCUGAAAGACGGCUGAAAGCGGCUGAAGCAUUGCAUCACCCGUGGUUCUUGGAAGGCAUACUUGUCCUUCCUGAAGGAUAUCCAGUCGACUUUGGUCAUGGUAAAGUUGUUCCUACGAUACAAUAUGGACUGCAGGAGUUGCUUCGAAAAUAUGUCCCUCAUUGACCAUUACUGAUAGUACAGUAUUAUUCAAGUAGAUUACAACGAGAUAUUCUGAACAAAGAAAGAGACAGUAAUCAUACAGAUUCCACGCCUGUCCGAGUGCCAUUAAUGGGAAUAGUAUGCAGAGCUCGAUUAUCGAUGGAAAUGCCUGUACAUGAUCAUCAAUCAGUACAGUUAAAACGGAAAGACAGGAAGGCUUACUUCGUGUUGCAUUGGAUGUCUUGUAGAUACCAAUCAGUCUAUGACUCAAUUCGAACAUAUCGUUUCUGUA